AUGAAGGUUGAGUUGGUGUCCAAACAAAUCAUAAAGCCAUCUUCCCCAACACCCCAAAACCUGGGAAUUUACAAACUCUCUUUUAUUGAUCAGAUUACUCCUAUAUUUCACACUCGAAUGCUGUUUUUCUAUCCCAAUAUUGAAAAUAAGUUUGCUAACGAUGGGAUUGAGAGGCUAAAGACAUCGUUAUCAGUGACUCUAACCCACUUCUGUCCACUGGCAGGUAGAGUCAAAGAUAACAAAGUAAUUGAAUGUAACGAUAAAGGUGUCGAGUUUUGCGAGACUCGUGUCCGUGUCCAUGGCUUCCUUUCCGAAAUCCUUAAACAACCCGAUCCUGACAUUGUACACCAGUUUGUGCCCGUCAAUGAUGCCCAUUUAGGAAGUGGGAUUGCUGAUGCUUCAACAAUUGGUUCGUUCAUUAAGGCAUGGUCCUGUACAGCUAUUGGGUGCAUGGCUGAGUCAAUGCUUCCUAAGUACGUUAUGGAAUCUCAUUUCCCUUCCAUGGAGUUUUCAAAUGAUCUACCACCUUUAGAGUUAAAAACCUCCAAUUGCAUCACAAGAAGAUUCGUGUUUGAAUCCUCCGAGAUUACAAAACUGAAGGCCAAAUCUUCAAGCAAACUGGUGGAGCAACCAACUCGGGUGGAGGCCAUAUUAGCACUAAUAUGGAAAUGUGCUACAAUGGCAUCAAGAACGAACCUAGGAAUAACCAAAAGACCCUCCAAGGUAGGCCAAGUAAUAAAUAUUCGUAAAAGGACAAACCCACCUUUGCCUGAGACCUCUCUGGGAAAUUGCUUGAGUAACUUCGUAGCAGAGAUGGAAGAGAGCAGGGUAGUACAGAUAUGGACUUACAGACAUUGGUGGUUCACUUAA